AAAGAGGAAGUUACUAUAAAUGGAGAAGAUGAAAAAGAACAGAAAGACCCCUAUUUUGUGGAAACACCUUAUGGCUACCAGCUAGACUUGGAUUUUCUGAAAUACGUGGAUGAUAUACAAAAGGGGAAUACCAUUAAGAAACUAAACAUCCAAAAGAAGAGGAAAAACGUACCAGCCUCGGCAGGUACCAAGAAUUCUGUUGGCCAGUGCAGUGGCUGGAUCUCCACGGAGUCUCUCUCUUCAUCCAACAGUGAUGAGAACAAGCAGUCCUGUCUGGCAGCAAGGAGUCAAGUAAUCUUGUCCGUCACUGCGAGACCCUCAGUUUCCUUCGAAGCAUCUCCUUGUCACUUAACCAUCCCCGAGAGUAAGCAGCUUCCUCCUCCCUCCCCCCAGCCUCCUCGGCACAACCUCCAUGUAACAAAAACCCUCAUGGAAACGCGGAGGCGACUUGAGCAGGAGAGGAUGAUGCAGGUCGUGCCUGGAGAUGUCCGCAGGCCCCGGCUUUCCAGCUUUGGAGGCAUGGGCUCCACGAGCUCCCUCCCCUCUUUUGUGGGAUCCACCGGGUACGGUCACGCGUCUCAGCAGGUGCAGAAUGGGUACCAGGGGAACGGCGACUAUGGCGCCUGCUUCAGCUCCUCCUUGGGCAGUUCCAUUCGUCACAGCCCCAUGAGCUCGGGAAUAUCCACACCGGUGACCAACGUGAGCCCAGUGCAUCUGCAGCACAUCAGGGAGCAAAUGGCAGUUGCCCUCAAGCGUCUCAAGGAGCUCGAGGAACAAGUCAAGACCAUUCCUGUGCUGCAGGUCAAAAUUUCAGUGUUGCAGGAAGAGAAGAGGCACAUGAUGGCUGAACUCAAAAACCAGAGGAAAGCCACACAAAAUGACACAUAUGGUUUCAGAAAGCGAUCCUACAGUGCAGGAAAUGCAGAGCAGUGGGAACACAUGUCUCAGGUGAGAAGAGGUGGAGAACUGUAUAUAGACUGUGAGGAGGAGGUGGAGAGUGUGGAGCAGAGCUCUCAGAGGAUAGAGGAGUUCAGGCAGCUGACUGCUGAGAUGCAAGCCUUGGAGAAAAAGAUCCAGGAUAGCAAUUACGAAAGUCCAGCAAACCUUCGGGUGAACAGAGAAAGCCUGACAAAAGAAGCCCGAUCUGUUGCUGUAGGUUCUGAUGAGAACAUGAACGAUGUAGUUAUAUACAACAGAUCUGCGAGGAAACACAAAGAAGUGGCUGUGGGGACAGAGAAAGAAACAAGAGAGUCUGGGGUUGGGGUGACGGAGUCCAUGCUUGGCUUGUCUACAGAGGUUGAGAAAGAGAUAGAGCUUCAGCAGCAGACCAUUGAAGCCCUUAAGGAGAAGAUUUACAGACUAGAGGUUCAGUUAAAGGAAACGACCCAUGACAGGGAAAUGACCAAAUUAAAACAGCAGCUGCAGGCAGCUGGGUCUAGGAAAAAAGUGGAUAAAGCUAUGAUGGCUCAGCCCAGUGUUGUCAGCAGGAUGGUAGAGGCCAUUGUACAAACGAGAGACCAAAUGGUAGGAGACCACGUGGAUGUCACCGAUUCAUCGGUGGGAAACCACCUGCAGACAAGCAGUGUCGGCACCUCCUGCAGACCUGCCUUGCAGAAUGCAGCAGUGGGCCCCGAGCUGCUGAUGAGCCGGUGGCUGGUGAGGGAGAGGGCAGAGGUGCGAGACCAGGGCACGGAGAGGUCCCUAGAGCUGUGUGACAAGGCUGUGGGAACAGACACAAGUGUCCGUGAGACAGGGGUCAACACGGAGGAGCCGGCAGGCGUGCCAAGUCCCCGCCAGAUGAUGCAGGCGGUCAGAGCAGUGAGGUCUGUGGGCUGUGGGGAUUGCUUGGUGGAUGUAGUAGUUUGUGCCCCCAAGGAGUGUGUGUCCCGCGAAACGGCCACAGAGGCUGUGCCCAGGGCAGAGGCAACCGUAAUGGCCGUGCCUUCUACAGCAAGCCGUCAAACCAGCACUGCUCUGGAGAUGGUGAGCCAGUGCACUAGCACAGAGAUGGCCUGUCUGGCAGACUGUGGGACCAACACUGCUCUGAGCAGCUGCGAUAAGCAGACCAGCACAGAGAGCGUGGAGACACGAAGCGUGGCAGUAGGAGAUGGCCGGGUGAAGGACAUACAUGCGUCUGCUAAAACGCGUUCGGUUGGAGUGGGCACCUUGCUCUCUAGCCACCCUGGCUUUGAAAAGCCCUCUGCAGUAAAAACCAAAGACUGUGGCAUUGGGCAGAUAAACAUUCAUGAGAACUACCUGGUUGGUCUUAAAAUGAGGAGCAUUGCCUGUGGACCCCCUCCAUUGCCGGUUGUGCCAUCUGGCACCAGGAGCAUUGGUGUUGGUGAGGAGUCUGUGUGCGAGCCGGUGAGUCGUCUGUUGGAGAGCCCUCUGCCUCCACCUGAACUGAGGACGGGCUUGGAUCACUACAUCGAGCGUGUGCAGAAGCUGCUGCAGGAACAGCAGAUGCUGCUUGCUGAAAAUUACAGUGAAUUGGCAGAAGCCUUUGGGGAACCCCACACCCAGAUUGGAUCUCUCAAUUCACAGCUCCUCAGCACCCUCACCUCCAUCAACUCCGUCAUGAAAUGCACUAGCACAGAGGAGCUGCAGAGCCUGGACCUUCAGAAGCAGUGCAUGGAGCGAAGCGCCAUGUCAG